UAGCCGUUACAAACUUUUUCCUUUCAAACCUUGUAACCACAAUUCAAAUUUACGAAUUUUGUAAUCACAAUUCAAGAAGAGUUACUUCACAUCUUCACCACCAAACAAACAAACAAAAACACUGUUUCUCUUAUCUGAGAAAAUUUUCACAAAUCCUCGCUUUCAUCUUUCAGAAUCUUCUUCUUCUUCCUUCAGAAACCCCAUGGAAAUGAACGAUCAAAGCGUUCAAAUUCAAAUGCUCGCUGAGAAAUUUCAACUCUUUGUUCGUGAUUGCGAACUCAAGCAAUCCCCAAAUGCUAUCCCCUCUGAUAAUGAUGAAUCAAAGAAAGUAAAUGAAAACUCUGAUUCGGUGGAUGAAAACAGUAUGUCUAAUGGAAUUCAUGAGAAUUCAUCGGAUCUGGGUCAUACGCUUCCCAUUUUGAAGAAAGUCUUUGAUUUGAGUACCAAAGUUCAGGAUUUGAAGAAGGAGCAUUUAGCCUUAACCGAUCAUGUGAAAACCGCGACUGAAUCCUUUACAAGCCUAGAAGUUUUGAACUCUAUUCAGCUUCUUGGUUCUGAAUAUGAACUCUUGAAAAGAAAGUAUCUGGAUGAAUCCUCUGAGCGCAGGCGGCUUUAUAAUGAAAUUAUCGAACUCAAGGGUAAUAUAAGGGUUUUCUGCAGAUGCAGACCUUUAAGUGAAAGUGAAAAGGCAAACGGGUUUACAUCUGUUGUCAAUUUUGAAUCCACUCUUGAGAAUGAGCUUCAAGUCAUUUCCUCAGAUUCUUCAAAGAAGCCGUUUAAAUUUGAUCAUGUAUUUAAGCCAGAAGAUAACCAAGAGGCUGUUUUUUCUCAAACUAAACCUAUUGCUACAUCAGUAUUGGAUGGUUUUAAUGUCUGUAUAUUUGCUUAUGGGCAAACCGGAACCGGUAAAACAUUUACAAUGGAGGGAACACCAGAAGAGAGGGGUGUUAAUUACAGAACACUUGAAGAAUUAUUUAGGUUAUCUGAAGAGAGAAAGGGUGUAAUGAAGUAUGAGUUAAAUGUUAGUAUGUUGGAGGUUUAUAAUGAGAAGAUAAGAGAUCUUCUAGUGGAAAAUUCUGCCCAGCCUACUAAGAAAUUGGAGAUAAAGCAAGCUGCAGAAGGAACACAAGAAGUCCCUGGACUUGUUGAAGCUCGUGUUCAUGGAACAGAAGAUGUGUGGGAAUUGCUCAAGACUGGAAACAGAGUCAGAUCUGUUGGAUCCACCUCUGCUAAUGAACUUAGCAGCCGUUCCCAUUGCUUGUUGCGGGUAACAGUCGUUGGGGAGAAUUUAAUCAAUGGCCAGAAAACAAAGAGUCACCUUUGGCUAGUAGACUUAGCAGGUAGCGAGCGUGUGGGAAAAACUGAAGCUGAGGGAGAAAGACUAAAGGAAUCUCAAUUCAUAAACAAGUCUCUUUCGGCACUAGGUGAUGUUAUUUCUGCCCUUGCAUCCAAAGCAUCCCACAUCCCUUACAGAAACUCGAAGCUCACUCAUAUACUGCAGAGCUCUUUAGGAGGAGAUUGUAAAACAUUAAUGUUUGUCCAAGUAAGUCCAAGCUCAGCAGACUUAGGAGAGACCAUGUGUUCACUGAAUUUUGCCACUCGUGUCCGUGGAAUUGAGAGUGGCCCGGCUCGCAAACAAGUAGACCUCGGUGAGCUGUUCAAGUACAAGCAAAUGGCAGAAAAGGCCAAACAUGACGAAAAGGAAACAAGGAAAUUGCAGGAUAGCCUACAAACUUUACAACUCAGACUUGCUGCGAGAGAAUACCAUUGUAAAAGCCUUCAGGAAAAGGUACGGGACCUGGAGAAUCAAAUAGCAGAAGAAAGAAAAACUAGACUAAAGCAAGAAAGUAGAUCACUUGCUGCUGUUUCAUCUCAACAACCUCCAUCAUAUAAAUACACAUCAGCUCAUAAAACCAUGACCGAUAAGAAACCACCACUGAAUCCUUCAAAUCUGAGAAUGCCCCUUAGAAGGAUAACCAAUUUCUUGCCUCCACCGUCUCCUAUACCACCAAAGAGAUACACCAAUCAAAUGAAUGGAAAGGAAAAUUCUGCUAGAAGGACUUCAAUGACAACAAAUACUGAAGGUCUUCAAAGACCAAGAAGCAGGGCUUCCAUUGCCAUGAGACCACCUGCACAAUCAACAACGCAGAUCCUUAAGCCAAGGAGGAGGGUCUCCAUUGCUACACUCCGUCCUGAGCCAACAUCUGAAAUUACUACUCCACUCCGUACCUCAACUUCAAGGUUUGCCGGUGGAAGCAGUGUAUCAGCAGCCAUAAGGAGCCAAAGGGGUCGGUAUUCAAAUUUGUUCGCCCCAUUGCCAGCGAUUAGACCAACAUCGGUUGAUUCAACACCAAUUUCAGCUAGGGGCAGCAGUAAGUUUAUGGGCAGUCCAGUACAUGCACAGGGAGGUUCGCGGAUGGGUAAGCAUCCAACUGCGAUUGCACUGCCAAGGAGAUCUUUAGUUUGGAGUCCUCUCAGGCUGAGAGAAAUGAAAAGCAGCCACCGAAAAUCAUCACUCUUGCCAUCUAAACUGCAAUAGACCUUGUUAAGGAGAUCUUUAGUUUGUGGAGUCCUCUCAGGCUGAGAGAUGAAAAACAAACACCUGAAAAUUAUGACUCUUGCCACCUAAACUGCAAUAGAGACCUUGUUUUAUCAAUGCGUGCGUGCAUAUAUUUUGUUCUGACUUAUAAAUCAAUUCAUGUUCAAUUAACCUUUUUCCUUUAUAAAUCGAAGGAUUUAUUUGAAGUAGUUUGAUAUCUUGAUAUCUUGUUAUGAUCGUCCAUUCAAUUUCUGAAGCUGUAUGAUAUCUGAUUCUUUUGUUAUUUCAACUCUUGUUUGGGUUGUUGUUGGAUCAAA